GACUGGGACAGAGGGACAGGGACAGAGAGACCGGGACAGGGACAGGGUCAGAGAGACAGAGACAGGGACAGGGAGACAGGGACAGGGAGACAGGGAGAGAGAUGGCCACUCGGUGGGGAAUCUGCGGAGCCGGCAGGAUCAGUCACGACUUCAUGGUGGCGCUGAAAACCCUCCCCGCAUCGGAACAUCAGGCGGUGGCGAUCGCCUCUCGGGAUUCCUCCCGGUCCCGGGAAUUCGCGGAGCGACACCAAAUCCCCAAAUCGUACGGUUCAUACCGAGAGCUGGCGGCCGAUCCCGAUGUCGACAUUGUCUACGUGGGUAUCAUUAACCCCGAGCACCUGAAGGUGGCUUUACUCAUGCUGAAUGCUGGAAGGAAUGUUCUCUGUGAGAAGCCCCUGGCCAUGAAUCUGCGCGAAGUCCAGCAGCUGGUCAGUGCAGCCCGGGACAAGAACCUCUUCCUCAUGGAGGGUUUAUGGACACGUUUUUUUCCUGUCUCUGAGGCAAUUCGUGGUCUGCUAAAAGAGGAUAACAUGGGUGAGAUUAAAAUAGUUAAAGCAGAGUUUGGAACAUACAUGUUGGAAACUGCACGGCUGGUGGAAAAAGAAUUGGGUGGUGGAGUGCUGCUGGACAUUGGCUGUUACUGCCUGCAGUUUGUCUGCAUGGUAUUCCACGGUGAAAAGCCAGAGUCCAUUCAUGCCACAGGAUUCCUGACUGAGAAGGGGGUUGAUGAAGCAGUGACCAUUGUGCUGAAAUACUCCAGAAAACGAAUGGCUAUGAUAACUGUAUCCAUGGCAAUACAGCUCACUAACCAGGCAACCAUAAGUGGGACCAAGGGGACAAUCACAGUUCCAAGCUGUAUGUGGUGCCCAACAAGUCUGGUGGUGAAUGGCAAUGUCCAGGAGUUCCCACUGCCAGUUCCGUCUCAACCUCUCAACUUCACAAACAGCACAGGCCUGCGGUAUGAAGCUGACCAAGUGAGGCAGUGUCUCCAGAGAGGUAACGCCUUCUGGCUUAAAGAGUGUCCUGAGCUGCCGCUGGCUGAGAGUGAGCUGAUAAUGAGCAUUCUCGAUGAAGCACGAAGGCAGCUGGGGGUAGUAUACACACAAGACACAGCCUGAGGCAAGAAAAACUCCCAGUGCUGUGAGAUGACAUGAAAAUGCUGCCCCCUAUUCUCCCACUGCUGCUGGAAGCUUUAAAAACAAAACAGCCACAGCUAGGCACUCAGUGGCUGCUGCUGCAUGGAGGAUCCUACAAUACUGCCAUUGAAACAUACCUCAAAUUAUAGAAUUAAUCACAGAACAUUGUACAGCACAAUGCUGGCCAGCCCCUUGCACCCUGGUUGAAAUUCUCUUCUAAACAGCUUGCAAUUCCAGUGCAGAGAUGGUAGAGUCAGAAUUAAGAAACUGACAGUUACCCCAGCACCAUCAGAUGAAACUUAACAUUGCUGCACUCAAAAAACUAACCCAAGCACAGGUCCAAGAGUACUAUUCAGUGACAGCACCUGGGAGGUCUAAUCGGGGCUGUCCUGUGCAGUGUGUACAUGUUUCUGAUGUUUAACUGCACCACACCAAUCAAAGAUUGAAUUCAUCGCAAAAAAUAAAAUCUGGUGCAAACAUGUGAACGUCAUACUGAUUUGCCUCAGUAAAGAGGCCUAGAAAUGCUGGUAUCACCAACAAUGGGAAACUAACACCACACUUUCACGCAACACAAGGUUUGUCCACAUAUUUUAUUAUGACUGACUCAUCUCAACCAAUCAUUCAGAACUUCUGGAAUUGUUUCUUUGCUCCUGCAGCUUUGGUGACCUUGAGGACAUUGAAACGCACAGUCUUACUGAGAGGCCGACACUCUCCCACAGUCACACUGUCCCCGUUCUGCACAUCCCUGCAAUGAGAAAACAACUGUCAGAAAUGUAGGCACUGGCCUUGCUCACUAAUGAAACCAGUAACCACAGGUUUUACAUUAUAGAUCAAAUUGUUUCAACAGAGACCAAUCUUACCCUCAGUCUAUCAUCCAUUGAGCCCUGCAGGUAUAAGAGCAGCAGUACUAUGCAUCUCACCGCUCCCUGACCCACUUACUAUCUCACCAGUUGUCAAAGUCAGAAUGGUACCAUUAUUGCCUCCUGCCCCUCACAUUGCCUAUUACUACUCCCUCUAUUUCAGCCCUCCCAUAAUUUCAUUCUUUGUUCACAGCUUGUGAUGAGGACAGUCAAAGGUCAACCACAUUGUUGUGGGUCUGGAGUCACACUACAUAAGAAUGGCAGAUUUAUCUCCCUAUAGGGCCUUAAUAAAACCUUUUAAGAAUAGAAAUGACAACUGACAACAGUUACAAGUUUACCAUCAGCCCAGCUCUUUACUUGAGAUUUUACUGAAUUCAAAUUUCACUACCUGCCACUGUCGGAUUUGAAUCCCUGCCCCCAGAACAUUGGCCUGGGUUCCUGGAUCACUACCACUGUGCAUCGAUCCUCCACUGACUCCAGGAUAACCAAAGGCCAUCAGGCAGAGAAUGGCUAGUGGCUGCCUGUAGUAUUAAAAAAUCAAAUACCGGUCUAAGGUUGAGGACCUCAGAAUUCUAACAUUAAAAGAGCUAAAACCCAUGAAGGUGGGUUGAGUUGUGGAUUGUGCAGAGGGUUGUUCUCGGUUACAACGGGACAUUGAUAGGAUGCAGAGCUGGAUUGAGAAGUGGCAGAUGGAGCUUAACCCUGAAAUGUCAGAGGUGAUUCAUUUUGGCAGGAUACAGGGUUAAUGGAAAGAUUCUUGGCUGUGUCAAGGAGUGAAGGACCUUUGGGUUCAUGUCCACAGUUCCCAGAAAGCUGCUACCCAGGUGGAUAGAGUCGUUAAGGUGUUAGCUUUCAUCAAUAGAGUGAUUGAGUUCAAGAGCCAUGAAGUUAUGCUGCAGCUAUACAAAAGCCACCUUGGCCACAUCUGGAGUAUUGUGUCCAGUUCUGGUCACCUCAUUACAGGACAAAUGUGGAAGCGCUGGAAAAGGUGCAGAGGAAAUUUACCAGGAUGUUGCCUGGAAGGAGGGAAGGUCUUAAAAGGAAAGGUUGAGAGCUAGGGCUUUUCUCUUUGCACUGAAGGAUGAGAGGUGACUUAAUAGAGGUGUACAAAAUGAUCAGAGGUAUAGACAGAGUGGACAGCCAGAGACUUUUUCCAAGGGUGGAGGAAGUUAUCACGAAGGGGCAUAGUUUUAAAGUGAGGGGAGGGAGAUAGAGGAGUGGUGGGGUGUGGAAUGCAUUGCCAGAGAGGGUAGUGGAGUCAGCCUCAUUACGGGCAUUUGAGCAGCUAUUAGAUAGGCACAUGGAUGAUAGUAUAAGGUAGGGGUGGAGGUUAGAUAGACCUCAGGUUUAGGGUAAAAGUUCAGCACAACAUUGUGGGGCGAAAGGGCCUGUACUGUUCUAUGUUCCAUAAAACAGAAGAAAUGCCAAAUUCAUAACAAGGGGUCAUGUCUUCAAAUGGGCAAGGAGGCAAAAUCGUCACAUUGCCCAUUCAGGUAGAGACAGACGCAAAGCUUGUAUCAGAUGCCAAGCUCAGGGAAUGGAUUCAAUGACAUCCACAAGCUUCUGCUUCUUAGUGGAACUAUGCAGACCAUCAAGACGAUCCACGUCACAGACAUCAUCCCAAAACCCCCACAUACUGUAGCUGUUAAAUCUGCGCAGGGCAUAAACCAGACCAAAGACACCUGCCAAGAGCACUGAAGAGUGUGAUGCAGGGGAUACCUGAAGCAGGGCGAUAGGUGUACAGACAUGUUCUUGUGUCGCUUCUCAAAGCGGUUGUAUUUCCUGAUGUAAUGCAGAUAGUCUCUGCGAAUAACAAUAGUUCUCUGCAUCUUCAUCUUUGUUACAACACCUACCAGAAAAGAGAUCAUACUGUGAAAUACAUUCAUACAACCUCAUGCUCACACUGACAUUAUUUUUGAAAGAACUUAGAUAAAUGUUAAGUAGGG